GACAUUCCCGCAAUUUGGUGACCCACUAUUGACGAUCACUUUUUUCAUCUUCUUGAGCAUUGUAUAGCUUCGAUAACGAGCUCAGAAACUCUGUUUCGGGUGGCUCAUUCGACGUCUCUGAGCCUCUCUUGUGGGAUGGUCAUGGCUCGCCAGAGUUUAGGACCUCACAUCAGAGACUGCUCCAACGCUACGCCAGGGCUUGGCUGAAAUAACCUUGGAGCCAGUCGAGAAUGGAGACUGGGCGCAGUGGGCGGACCUCGGUGGGAGGGUCUGCAUUGCGACAGAAUGCUGGAGAGGCUGGACCAUCAACCGCUCAAGCUCGAGCGAAGAAAAAGUCAAAAGCUAAGACGGGCAGCGGUAAUAUCGUCUCUAGGAAGAAUACAAUCCCAAAGCCAUUCCUAGCGCUGGCUCCAGCUCCAGCUACCACUCUCGCUGGAUCCCGAUUCCACGAAGCGCUUUCUCAUGCUUCUUUGUCCAACUUGGUUCUUCCCUCCUCGUUUCCUCGUGGGACAGGAAUCUCGCCUAAUCCAAAUGUGCCAAUGGCUAUGACGACUGCCGGACCUUCGAGGCAUGCGCCAACAGGAAGGACCAGAAAGUUUGCGACGGGUCUUUUGGCUCCCCCCGCCGUUAUGCCUGGAGGUGUAGCAGCAUCGCCAAGGGUACAACCUGCGAUUGCCGGGCGGACAGGCCGCAGUACCCCUGUAGCGCUCAACGACACGCCAGAGGGGAUGAUCAGGAAGGCCAGGAGCGGUAACAGGUUACGGGAGAUCAGUGGCUCAGGAGCCAAUGCGAGCAUGAUGAGUUUGGGACAUACUGGACGGUUGCUGCAGUCGGAUCCAGUAGUUCCACCUCUACCUUCACUCCCGGUGCAACUUAGAGAUGCUGGACCCGUUCCUCAACAAGUCUCGAGCGCACGUCGGAGGCGGGUGGUCAGAGGGGAGGAAGAGGCACGGAGGAGAUUGACAGUAUCGACGCGAGAGGAAGGAAGAGCCAUGGGUAUAGCUAGAGGAGCAAGUAUGCGAAGACUCAACGUUUGGGAUAAUCUGCCUGAAUCUUCUGAUCCUCCUCCGGCGUUCCCCUUUCCAACGGCAGCGACUAAUCGUCUCCCACCGACAUUCGAGUCUGCCCAGAAUACGGUGCGAAACCCAACGUCUGCUACUAGGCCUAGAUCGCCUCCCCCGACAUUCGAUCAAGCUCUUGGACUAGCACCUCUGCCAAAUUCAUCAAACGCGGUGCGGGAAACCGAAGAAGUUGCCCGUCAGCAGACUCUCGCUGCCCGAAUCGAACCUCCCUUGCAGACGCCUCCAGACGCUCUCGAUUUCAGGCCGUCUUCACCCGAGUCUGAUUAUGUAUCCGCUCGCGACAGUCCGACAGGAUCAUUCCUAGCCUUACCUGAUGCGGACGAGGAGAGAGCGAGAUCGGAUCGACAAUUGUGGAACCUAGAUCUUCUGGCUGGAUACUCUCUGGAGGAGAGAGUCAGGCGAGAAAUGGGAAGGCGGAAGUCUAGGGAAGAGGAUCGGUCUACCCCAGUGGGGUCUCUUACAACUUUGCCUAACGAAACAUCCGCAACGUCGAUUCCUGGAGAUGCUUCACUUGUGAACUCUGCGGUGAUUCCCCCGCCCAAAGAAGCGAACGAUGCUGUGGGUUCGGCGCGACCCAAGCCCGUCGUCGACACCAGCUCAGCGGCGAUGCAACACCAGACGCCGAUCUCAUCGCCGGUCAGAGAAUCACCAUUGACGGCAUCUACGCCUAGAGGAUCCAUUCGGACAUUAACUAAGCAGCCGUCUGGUCCUCUUGCGUCUCCGACCACUAGGACUCCAAAGGCUGAGAACAUCACUCCCGGCAGGGAAUUGGCCAUGGCCUCGGUUGUAGCGAAUCCUCCAACGGCCUCGAGGACAGCAGUAUCCCCGAGGUCUCCGCUUUCAGGUAUCAAGACUCGCAAUUUCAGUUCAGUGGAUCUCACCACCUCGAACCCCGACGCCAUUGUGGAUGUGUCCCCUCCAAGUCGAAAACUGAGUCGGGGUGCAGCUGUCCGGAGGACAUCUUCGGGAUUAAGAUCAGAGACUGGCUCGAAUCAAAAUCGACAGUCACCUGUAUCACCCAAACAGCCCCUUUUCUCAUCGCCCGGACGGACAGCGUCGCAGAUUUUGGAUUCUCCUGAGAGCAAUCGCACCAGGUCUGAGCAACGCUUCUUGAGAGAGGAGGAUUCUAUUGUGCCUUCAAGGGAAAAGACAAUCAUGAAGCAUCGAACCAAGUCACAGCCCAAUCUCCUCCUUCAAAGCAUCUCUGAGAAUGUACCGACCGAAGCUCUGCCCCCGCAUCGCGAAGCAGCUUUGAAGAGACGCGACCUACAUUUGCCGCGUCUUGCACUGGAUACAACGUCCAAUGAAGUGCCGAGAUCGCCAACGAAAUCAGGAAACACAGUCGCUCAAAGCUCUGGACCGCUGAUCAACUUCAACAGAAUCAAUAGUCAAGCAUCGCCAUCCGAUGUAGGAGAUCACUCGGCUUGGACCGCGGAGCUCUUGCAAUUGUUGGAUCAAGUGUCGUCUCCCAUUGCGGAGAGCUCAUCUCAAGAGCGACCAAAUUCUCAAGGGUUGCCGGUCUCUGCUUCGGCAUCCACAGCCACAUUGCCUGUGAUAAGCUCAAUAUCAGCAGGCAAGAAGCGCCCACCACCUCCUCCGCCACCGAUACCUUUACGUGUCAAGCGACAGCAGCAGUUGGCCGACACUCCCGCCUCGGUCAGUCGCAAGCGAUCAGUCCUAUCCACAGCGAAUUCUCCCAUCAUCCCCUUCACAACAAAGUCUUCGGCGUUGUCUUCGGCGGCCUCACAAAGAUCACCUUCCGAGGGUAAGCCGCCCGAAAGGUUACCGACUAGACGGCCCGCGCCCUUGCCGCCAAAGAGGCCUGCCGAUGACCCGGAAGCAUCUGAGGCACCUCUCCCAGUGGGGCCCCCGACCCGUCCCAGUCCUCAACAAGCCGUAACAUUUUCGACCUCUACAUCGUCUGCAGAUGCCGUCGUACCGGAAUCCUCGCCUCCACAGGCCAGAAGACCCUACACUGCGCUCUCUAGUCGUCCGCGAGGACCGAGACCGCCCCCGGCACCAAUGCGACAGUGGUCCAAGGUAGUGUCGCAGACCUGGGAGCAACCAGCGCCGCUGUCACCUGCGAACCCUUCCUCUCCGACUGAGUUCUCGGUCGACACUUCCAUUGUGAAUCGAUCGCAUCCUCUUCGAUCGACCAGCGCGCAAGAUCUUAGAUCUCCCCUGCAACGCACUGAGACUGGGAAUCAAAUGGAGUACACGGAUCUUGACGUAUUUGUUUCUCGUCUGGAAGGAUCCGGGAGGGAAUACGAGGUCAGUCGAACGGGCGAUGAUACGCGAUGAAGUCUGCUGACUGUGAUGGCGAAAGGGUUAUUCUCAUAUCUCUUCCUUUCUGGGGCCGGGAAAAGCGACCAAAGCCACUCCCGCUCAACUGGGG